UCAGCGUUCUGUGGUUAUAGCUCAAGUGCGCGCGCUCCUCGGACUUUUGCAACUUUUGUCCUCCGCGAGAUCUCAUGCGAUACGCCUCGAUCCGAAGAAACCCCUCUGACUUCCCCAAUUUCAACGCUUUCGCGUCGCGAUUUUUGCCGAGCUCUUUUGUGCCACAGUUUUUGCGUUUUGACGACGGCAUUUGCGAAUCGAGUCGCGCUGCGAAUGAGACGCAAUUUCCACUUGCGGAAUCUUCAGAAAUUGUUGAAAAACUAUAGAUUAUAGUUUUUAAAAAGUGUCUACCAUUGUGCAGUUAAAAAAAUGUGAAUGUCAAUUAAAAUCGAUUGAGUCACAAAAAUAUACAUUUUUGGUGGAGCUUGAACAAUUUUUUAAACGAGUAAACAAUAAAGACCAGCCUUUGUCCACUUGACCAACUUGCGGUUAUCGCCUCUAAUCACAAGGUUCCAGAGGUGUUUUUGGAGAACUCUUUCAACGGCUAUCUGCGCCCGGGAGUGAUUACCUAUGUGCUCUAUGCUGUUGCUGCUGUUGGCACAGUUAGCCGUAAACACUGAUUAUGCCAUUGUUGCUAGCAAACUAUUAUCAUUAUCAGCAGCAACUUCAGCUACGACAGCAGCAGCGUGUUGCUAGCAACAACGGCAUGUUACUUGAAUACAAAAGCCAUUGCAAUACAAAUCAGGCUAGCAACAAUUGCAGCAGCAACAGCAGAAGCAGCAGCAACAGCAGCAGCAGCAGCGACAACAGCAACAAUCAGCGACAGCUGUCCGCAGCGGAAGCACUAACAAUGUCAACGCCGACGACAACAUCGAAAUAUAAAAUCAAUGGCGAGGCCACCGAAAGCGUUGCAGCAUCCACACUGCUCUAUCAUCAUACGCACCACAACCAUCAUCAUCAUCACCAUCAGCCGUCACAGCAGCAGCAGCAACAUCAUCAUCAUCAUCAGCAGCAGUUGUUGCUGCAGCAGCAGCUCCUGCAGCAACAUGUGGCCAGCAGUUCGCCGCUGCAACAUCUGAGCAAUCUUUUUGGCCAGCAUUUGCCUACGCACAGUCUGCAGCACUUGAUUGCCGCCGAGUACUGGCAGCAACAUCAACAGCAGCAGCAGCAACAGCUCCCAGCAACAACAAUUAAAAGCGAGCCAACAACUCAAUCAGCAACAGCAACAUCGGUCUUUAGCUUCACGCCGCAGCAACACGUCAAUUUUGCCGCCUCAUUAGUCGCAUUACAGCAAAAUGAUGCCCUGCCCGAGGCAACAAUGGCAACAGCAACUCCGACACCAGCGACAACUGCAGGAGCAGAAACUGCAACGGCAACAGCAAUGGGCCCUGCAGCAGCGACAACAUCAGCAACAUCGCAGGCGCCAACAGCAACACGAGCAGCAGCAACCAUUGACGACAUCGAUGAUGAUGAUGACGACAGCAACAUCGGCAACCACAUGCAAAAUGCAGACGUUGGCAACUUUAAAUUCGAGCCAAGCCAACAGCAUGCCGGGGCUGCGAAUGAAGCCGUCCUAACGAGCCACGAGGAUAACAAAGAUGUAACUUUGACUGCUGUUGACACAAAUAUGCGCGAUGUCAGCGCAAAUCAGAGCAGCUCCUUCGUCUCGUCGUCCCCCGCCUCCUCCACCCUGGUGUCCUGCCCCACCCCCUCCCCCCAGGCGGAAAAGGACGAGGCGACACGGGACAAGAAGCCAACGCUCGAAUUGAAGUUGCAAUCGUGUGAUGAAUAUGUUGAGCAGCCAAAGGAUAAAGGAGCCGAACGGCUGCAUCCAGCUCAGAUUGCCAACAACAAUGCUUCGUCGCCUCUGCAGUUGAAAGUGGAGGAGCAAGAGCAGGAGCAGGAGCAGGAGCAGGAGCAGGGUGCGGAUGAGGAGGAGGAGGGGGAGACAGAGGCAGAGGUAGAGGACCUAGGACUGACCGGAGCAGCAGUUGCUCUCUAUGGCCACUUGAACAAUGCCAGCAAGGAUGUGCGAUAUUUAGAGCAUUGCCUGAAAUUGCAGAACCCAAGUGAUAUCAGUCGUCUGUCGCGUUCGCCGUCGCCACUGCAAUCGAAUGCUUCCGAUUGCGAUGACAACAAUUCGAGUGCGGGCACUUCAAGCGAUCGCUGUCGAUCUCCAUUGAGUCCUGCUCUGUCCUUGACCCACCAGCAGGCCAAGCGCCAGCUGCUGUCGCUGCAGCCCCAUCCGGCUCACCACCACCACAAUCCGCACCACCUGAACCACCUGAAUCACCAUCAGUUCAAGCAGGAGGAGGACUAUGAGGACGCCAAUGGUGGGGCCUUGAAUUUAACCAGCGAUAAUAGCCGUCACAGCACCCAAUCGCCAGCGAAUUCGGUGAAAUCGGCGAUAGUCUCGCCGGUGCCGGUGAUUUCGGUGCCCUCGCCAGUGGCGCCCAUGAUUUCUCCUGUCCUGGCGUCCUCGGGCGGACCGACCACGCCCCCUUCGAUGGCAGCAGCGGCUGCAGCAGCCGCCGCCAUGGCCUCCGGCAUCUCGCCCCUGCUGGCCAUUCCGGGCUUAUCCUCGCCACAGGCACAGGCCCAGGCCCAGGCACAGGCGCAGGCCCAACUUGCCGCAGCCGGCCUGGGCAUGAACAAUCCUCUGCUGAGUGGCUCGCUGUCGCCACAGGACUAUGCCCAGUUCCAACAGUUGCUGCAGCAGCGUCAGGUGGCCUUGACGCAACAGUUCAACAGCUACAUGGAGCUGCUGAGGAGUGGCUCGCUGGGACUGGCACAGGACGACCCGGCACUGACCGCCCAGGUGGCAGCCGCUCAGUUCCUAAUGCAGAGCCAACUGCAGGCCUUAAGCCAGGCCACCCAGCAACUGCAGGCUCUGCAGAAGCAGCAGCAGCAGCAGAGGCAGCAGGAAGAGCCACUGCAGCUGAACCACAAGAUGCAGCAGCAGCCGCGCAGCUCCACGCCACACUCGGCGGUGCGGAGUCCCAUUGCGAUUCGCAGUCCGGCCAGUUCGCCCCACCAGCUGCACCACCAACAUCAGCACCAGCACCACCACCACCACCCGCUGCAGAUCACGCCACCCAACUCGGCGGCCAGCCUGAAGCUGAGUGGCAUGCUGACCCCCAGCACACCCACCAGCGGCACCCAGAUGAGCCAGGGCACCACCACCCCACAGCCCAAGACGGUGGCCAGUGCUGCGGCUGCCCGGGCGGCGGGUGAACCCUCGCCGGAGGAGACCACCGAUCUGGAGGAACUGGAGCAGUUUGCCAAGACCUUCAAGCAGCGGAGAAUCAAGCUGGGCUUCACCCAGGGCGACGUGGGUCUGGCCAUGGGCAAGCUCUAUGGCAACGACUUCUCGCAGACCACCAUCUCACGGUUCGAGGCCCUCAAUUUGAGCUUCAAGAACAUGUGCAAGCUGAAGCCGCUGCUCCAGAAGUGGCUGGAUGACGCCGACCGCACCAUCCAGGCCACCGGAGGCGUCUUCGAUCCGGCAGCCCUGCAGGCCACCGUGAGCACGCCGGAGAUCAUUGGACGGCGUCGCAAGAAGCGCACCUCCAUCGAGACCACCAUCCGCGGGGCCCUGGAGAAGGCCUUCCUGGCCAACCAGAAGCCCACCUCCGAGGAGAUCACCCAGCUGGCCGACCGCCUCGGCAUGGAGAAGGAGGUGGUGCGCGUGUGGUUCUGCAACCGGCGGCAGAAGGAGAAGCGCAUCAAUCCCUCCCUGGACAGUCCCACGGGGGUCGACGACGACGAGUCGUCCUACAUGAUGCACUAAGGGCUCUAGCGGGGUCACUUUUAGGGACAAAGACAGUGCAAUGUGCCGGAGAAAUCAAAGGAAGCUUAGCAACACUAUGAGCAGGUUCAAAGUCGCAAACACAUCAAAUACUAGCAUAAUUCUGUACUACGGACAGGUAUCAACUCCAACACAAAAUGGGGUUGGCUUAUGUUAACUAUUAAUGGUAUUUAUUUUAAUGUAACUGAAUUAUUACAAUCAAUCCAAAAUAUUGCUGUUCAAGUAGACUGGUUAACAAUUGGUUACCUAUGUUCACUUAACCACCAACAUUUUGCAGGUCAUAGGGAAAUGGUAUUGUUUGCUUUCACAAGCAAAUGAUUCGAUUUCUUUAUGGUUUUAUGUGGCGUUUGUGUAUUACUAAUAUUUAAGUACAGUCUAUCCACAAUUUUCAAAGUCAACAUAAUUCCUAAAGCUAAAAACACUUUCCACAUAUACAACAAGUAGAUUACUUUCUAAGCAUAUUUAUUUUUCGCGUGAAUACUGUGAUAAUCAAUUUGAAAGAUUUUAAUUUUAAUUAAAAGAAAAAGAACACAAAGAAAAACAAUAUAAACAUUAAUUAGAUAUACUGUGUAUGUUAUGGGCAAGUAAACUAACAAAAAUAAAACAAAGCAUUAAUUGUAACUUAAGUCCAUCGUAUUUAUGUGUAAAAACCAAUUGAAUUUAUGAAAAAGGAACACAAAACCUUUUACAAUUGUAAAACGUGAAAAACAACACUAGAAUUUUUAAAUGUAUAACUACAAAAAGAGGAACCAAAACUCACACAAAACAAUGAAAUAAAAAUU